CGCCAUGGAGCUCACGCGCGAGAAUGCCCGCGAGAUUUACUGCUUGCCUGUGCGACAAGCCAAGCAGUACCUUCCAGAGAUAUUUAGGAGACUCCGAAAGCCGGCAGAACAGCAGCAGGACUGGGUGCAAGACUAUGUCGCAUGGUUGAGGCAGAAGUUUCUCCAAUACUGCAUGUCCUGUUUCUGUGUUCCUCGGGGAUGGGAUGCAUUCGCAGAAGCUUGUGUCGAAGCGGGUGUUUGGGAGACAUUCAUGGAGCUUGCACUUCAGCCUAUCAACUAUACGUGCUGGAUCGCGAUCUUCAACGCCUUGGACGCUUUGUGCUAUCUUUGUACCGUGUCUACACUGAAGCAACGUCGGAUACUAUUCGAGAGAUGCGUCAAGUGCAAUGCACUAGAUACACUCGUGAAGAUGAUCUGGGGGCACAACUACAACUUGCACAAGUAUAUUGCUAUCCGUGUCUUGCGAGCUGUCGCCUCAGACUUGUUUCUUCCUGAGAUUUUGUCUCCCGAGUCUGCAGCAGAUCUUCAGAUGCGCCAACCGGUCGAGACCUGGCAGAUUGCGAUAAUGACCAAUCGUCUCACGGUCCCGCGCCCAAUGGGCGUAGCAUAUGGCCAAAGAUGGUACGGCAUGGCCCAAGAACUUGCUAUGUUCGCCGCGUAUGGCAUCCUUUCUCGCUAUCCCCUUCAUUCCCGCCAAUACUAUCUGGAUGUCCUCAAGGCUCGUCCAGUCAUUGUGGAUCUGCUCCUUGAUGUUGCUGCCCUUCCCCAACCCGUUGCAUACCCAGAGGUCCAGAUAGAUCAGCUAGUCUGCUUGUCAGCCUCCGAAACUCUUGCUCUCCUGUUCCAAUUUCCUCGACGGACGAUCCCUGGGGUACAGCUCCCUGUACCAGAUGAAGGCAAAAAUGAACUGUACGAGGAAUACAAGGCGACGAUCGAAGCUCUAAAGAUCCUCACUUCCCGACCGAGCUGGGCCAGUAGAGAAGACUUCCCCACAAUGGGCUAUAUCCUGAAUAACUUUUUUAGGAAGAUAUCUCGCGUCGUCACCGAUUAUUACGGCGUCCCUCCGAACGAGAACACGACAAAGAUGAUCUAUGACUCUAGAGGCCAAUCAAGAAACUCCAUGCUCCGCUUGAUAUCUGCCAUUACUCAUCUAGACAAUAUUUCUGACGGCGAACUGAUCUCUUUUCUCCGCGUUGCCUACCUCGCCAGUCAGGGUUCGCUGAAGAAGUCGCUGGAAAACUUCGUACCGCGGAGCCACCGCGAGAUCUGCGAGCAAAGCGAACGUACAACAGACGCGUACCGUAAAGCCGUCUGGGCGAAUGUCGCCGACUAUCCCUCCGAGCCGACGUGCAUUGUCCCAGAACAAGCCAUUUCAGGACCCGUCGCACUGCUGCGGCUUCUGACAAUAUUGGCUGAGCGCGGCGUUCUCGAUGAGAUCCCGAAGUGGACGUCAGUCCCAGUGGGCACCGUACCUGGGACUGAGCUGAAGCAAGUACAGCAAAUAACGAGCCUGGAAGUCAUACAAAAGCUCCUUCCCCUUGUUGUGCGACGUGUCACGAUCGCGCGCGACAAGGUGCGAGAGUGGGUGGUAAGUCCCAAGCCCGGAGACGGACACAUGGCACGAGCGCACUCUUUGCCGCCAGCGGAGCUUGCGGUGUCGCUGUUCACCUUCAACGAGGCAACUAAGGGCCGCUGGGAGCUAGGAAAGAGAUCAAGUCGCGAGAACACUAGGCCAUCUCCUCUCAGCGAGAAUUCGGCCCUUCCUACAUGGAUGCUUCUCGCCAGUAUCAUUGGCGGCGUUGUUUGUGCUUAUGCCCUAUAUCGGCGAUACCCGUCUUAAGACGCUGACGUUCUAUCUGGCCUUGUACACGCGGGCGAUGUGCUCGGGCUAUUUAUCAUGACCCUAGGUCUAUACAGACGCCCCAUUCACGAAGACUGUAUCUCUACUCUCUGGUCGAAUUUUGUACUGCUAACAAACGCGUCACCUCAGAAACUGGCGUUCUGCAGCCCCCAUCGGCCUCAUAGCCACGAACGCACGAACAAUUUGCUUGCUAAAUCCCGACAUCCUCGAGCACUACGCUGUCCGGCUGCUAUAAUCUGCGGACGCUCGUUCUUGCAUGGAAUACGCUAACUCGGGUCUUCCGGCUGAAAUAUGCUGUCCACACGGUGGGCGUUCCAGCUUAUCGGUCACUAUCGUGAUACAUCGUUUC